AUGGACCCCCGUUACAGUGCCCAAGACAUCCUCCUCUGUGACCUGUGUCAAAUAGCUGCAUUACAGAGUCAUUGUGAACUUUGUCAGAUUAACCUGUGUAAGGCCUGUGUAGGGGAGCAUCUCUCCGAUUCAUCCAAAAGACACAAAGUUAUUCCAUACAAACACAGAACUUCUGCUCCUAUGUACCCAAAAUGUCCAAAACACAGCGAGAAAAAUUGUGAGCUUUAUUGUGAGAAAUGUGACAUUCCUGUCUGUUCUACAUGCGCCUCCUCCGUUAAAUACAAAGGACAUAUUUUAUCAGACUCUAUGCAAAAAAUAUGUUUUAAAAGAAAAAUUCUAGAAGAGGAUUUAAACGAAUUAGAGAAAACAAUCUAUCCUGUUUAUGAAGAAUUCGAAAUAGAUUUAAAAUCUAAAAAGGAAAGCUUUGAAGAAAAUUAUGAGAAACUGGCAACAGCUGUCACCAAACAAGAAGAAAAUGUGCAGCAAAAAAUCCACAUCAUUGUCAAAGAACACAUAUCUAAUAUUUAUGAGAUGAAAAAUAAACACCGAGAUGCUUUAAACAAACAAGAAAAAGAAAUUAAACAUAUAACUUCUGAUUUAAAACAUAACAUUCUUGAACUCAAAACAAUACUGGACUCUGAUGACGUGUCUCUAAUUUCUGGAUACAAAUCAAGGAACCCUUAA